GUGGUGCUGGCGUUUUGCGAGCGACUGGACCGUCUCGAAAACUGUCUCGUGGGUAGACUCAAACAUACUAUUCAUAUUUACCAUAUUGGAUAACUAUUUUGGUUAAUAGUUGCAAAAUAUAUUUUACGAUACUGUUAUUUACCUGGAAAAGGAGAAUGGCUGCCGCUGAGGUGAAUGGUAGUUCUGCCCAGGUGAGGGAGGAAGAGGAGCCUAUGGAAGUCACCGCUGAAUGCGAGCACACCGAGAACUACCAGAUACUCAUCGAUGCCGGACUGCCGGAGAAAGUGGCAGAGAGUCUUGACAAUGUAUUCUCAACCGGGUUGGUGGCAUAUGCUGACCUGGACGAGAGGGCCAUCGAUGCUCUACGGGAGUUCAAUGAAGAGGGAGCGCUGUCUGUACUGUUGCAGUUCAAAGAAAGUGACCUGUCCCAUGUGCAGAACAAAAGUGCUUUCCUUUGUGGAGUCAUGAAGACGUACAGACAGAGGGAAAAGCAAGGAAGUAAAGUACAAGAAUCCACCAAGGGGCCUGAUGAGUCCAAGAUCAAGGAUCUGCUGGAGCAGACCGGAUACACCCUGGACGUCACCACGGGACAGAGGAAAUACGGCGGGCCCCCACCAGAGGAAGUGUUCCAAGGAGCACAGCCUGGGAUUGGAACUGAGGUGUUUGUGGGAAAGAUCCCCAGAGAUCUGUAUGAAGAUGAGCUGGUGCCACUGUUUGAGAAGGCGGGCCCUAUCUGGGACCUGAGGUUAAUGAUGGACCCCCUGUCGGGUCAGAACCGGGGCUACGCCUUCAUCACCUUCUGCAGCAAGGAUGCAGCAGCUGAGGCUGUGAAACUUUGUGAUAACUAUGAAAUCCGGUCUGGGAAGUACCUUGGAGUGUGCGUAUCUGUAGCAAACAACCGCCUGUUUGUCGGAUCAAUCCCAAAGAACAAGACCAGAGAGAGCAUAUUGGAGGACUUCGGCAAAGUCACAGAGGGGCUUCAGGAAGUGAUCCUCUACCACCAGCCAGACGACAAGAAGAAGAACCGUGGCUUCUGUUUCCUGGAGUACGAGGACCACAAGUCUGCAGCCCAGGCCCGCCGCCGCCUCAUGAGCGGCAAGGUGAAGGUGUGGGGGAACCCGGUCACUGUGGAGUGGGCCGACCCGGUCGCUGAGCCCGACCCAGAUGUCAUGGCUAAGGUGAAAGUCCUGUUUGUCAGGAAGCUGGCCACCCCGGUCACAGAAGAGCUACUGGAGAAGACCUUCUCUGCGUUUGGAAAGCUGGAGCGGGUGAAGAAGCUCAAAGACUACGCCUUUGUCCACUUUGAGGACAGGGACGCAGCUGUGAAGGCAAUGGCAGAAAUGAAUGGGAAGGAGCUUGGGGGAGAGGAGAUUGAGAUAGUCCUGGCCAAGCCCCCAGACAAGAAGAGGAAAGAGCGGCAGGCUCAGCGCCAGACCACCAGAAACCCAGGGUAUGAUGACUAUUAUUAUUACCCACCACCACGCAUGCCUCCACCAGGUAGGGGCCGUGGUGGCCGAGGGGGCGGUGGCUACGCAGCCUACCCCCCAGACUACUACAGCUACGAGGACUACUACGAUGACUACUACGGCUAUGACUAUCACGACUACCGCGGGGGUUACGAGGACCCCUACUACGGUUACGACGACGUGUACAGCAUGAGGGGCCGUGGCAGCCGGCCAAGCAGGGGAGGUCCGCCCCCACCCAGGGCCCGCGGAGCACCACCCACACGGGGCCGAGGCGGCUAUGCCCAGAGGGGGCCACCCAUCGGAGGGCCCAGGGGUGGCAGAGGAGGGGGCCGGGGGGGACCCUUCCAGCCACAGAGGGGCCGCGGUACCCGAGGAGCCAGGGGGAACCGCGGGGGCAAUGUGGGCGGGAAGAGGAAGGCGGACGUCUUCAACCAGCCUGACUCCAAGCGCCGGCAGACCAACCAUCAGAACUGGGGGUCUCAGCCCAUCGCCCAGCAGCCCCUGCAGCAAGGGGCCGACUAUUCUGGUGGUGAAGCAAGAGCGGCAUCGCUUGAGUGAGGAACGAACUCACCCUGAACUGUGUUCCUUACAAAAGGCCCGGACUGUAGGGGAGCUUCCCUCAAGCUAGCCCUCACCCUGCCCUACCUGUGGACCAGUUAGGUUCAUACAAAUGGAGUAGACUUAUGGCCUGGGCCACAGUGGGCAUAGACAUCUCCCCUGAUGAACUCGUGGCAUAUUUGCGAGCCCAGGCUGAUGAAAAGACUCCAAGGCUACUCUACUAUGUUGAUCUUCCUGUCCCCAUACCUAUUGUCUCUGAUGCUGGUCUGUCAUGGCUGCUGCUGGCUACCAUGCUUACAGAAAUGGAAGGAGUGGUCAGAGGCAGACUCCCUGUCUAAGCAGCUACAUCAAGGCCUGGACCUUAAGGAGAGCCUGGCCGCACGGGUGAGAGAGGUCAUCCAGCGCCUGGAGACCCUGUAGGAGGCCAAGAGAGCCGUCCGCGACAGGCACCGUCACCACCACUGUCGCUCUGGCUCCUCCUCCCGACAGCCUGCUUGGACACCAGCCGGAGACCCGGCAGAGACUAUGAAAUAUGAGGGGAACGUUGGACCAUGUUUUGCAUUGAAAAUGUAGGCAGACAUUUUUUGGGGUCAAGUAAAUUGACUCUUGUUAUACUUUGGGAUUUCAAGACUGGUGUUGAUGUAUGUGAAAGGUGGGAUAUGACUUGACAAAAAGUGACAGUGCCCUUUUCCAUUGAACAUGUACACCUAUAUGACACUGGGACCUGUGUGGCUCAGUUGGUAGAGCAUGGCGCUUGCAACGCCAGGGUUUGAUUCUCAUGGGGGACCAGUACAAAAAAUGGAUGCACUCGCUACUGUAAGUCUUUCUGGAUAAGAGCAUUUGCUAAAUGACUUAAAUGUAAAUAAUUUGUC